UUUUCGUUGAACAGCAGACGUCUCUUGGGCUGUUGCCAUAGAAACCAUCUGAGCAGACGAUUUCGCCGGUCUGUCGGAACAUGUUGAAAUGUUUUACAGAAGCGUGAGGACUUUGGUCCUUAAAACGUUUAAAAAUGUAUUUAUUUUGAAAACCAGAAAAUAUUGUUCUGAUAAUAGUCGUAAGAAAUGGAAGAUUAUGUUCUUUGGCACCGACGGUUUCGCCUUAAAGAGUCUCGAAGAGCUGCACAGAGCCAUGCAGGAUGGAAGUAUGGUCAGUGAAUUGUCUGUGGUGGUUCCAGCCCCCAAACCCCAUCCCUGCUUGGUAGCAAAAUAUGCAAAGCAGCAUAAUCUGCCGAUCUCAGUCUGGCCACUUCCAAAAGAAAAACAAAAUGAUUGCUGGGACUUUGGGGUAGUCGCUUCAUUUGGACAUCUCAUUCCGUCAAGAAUCAUCAAUGGUUUCCCACUGGGAAUGUUGAACAUCCACGGCAGUAUACUACCCAGAUGGAGAGGUGCAGCCCCUGUAGUUCAUGCUGUUAUGAAUGGAGAUGCAGAGACAGGAGUGACAAUCAUGCGAAUUAAGCCCCAUCACUUUGAUGUUGGAGACAUUGUGGCGCAGGAAAGUAUCGCCAUCGAUCCACACAUUUCCGCCGUGCAAUUAACCGAUAGACUAGCCGGAAUGGGUGCCAAUUUGCUGGUUCGCUGCAUAUCCGAUCUACAUUAUCAUCUAGAUCGAUGCAUUCCACAGCCGUCGCACGGCGUCACAUUAGCCCCGAAAAUUGAUGCCAAAUUGUCUCACAUCGAUUGGACUCGGUUGAAUGCCGCCCAGAUCUACAAUAGGUGGAGGGCGACGUGUCACCUGUUCAAACUGCAGACCUUCUUUCACGGAGCCAACGUCAAAUUGAACGCCGUGGAACCACCGACGACGGAACCGUUUCCCGAAAUGUUGCAAAAUCUAAUCGAUGUGCGACCGGGCCGCAUCGUGGUCGACCGGACGCGGAACCUGCUGUUUGUCCGUUGCCAGGAAGACUGGGUGGCCAUCCGAUAUGUGACGCCGCACAGGCGUCCGGUCAUGAGCGCGCUGGACUUCUCCAACGGUUAUUUGGCAAAAAAAGCCAUUGGCCAGCAUUAUUUCGACGUGCCCUAGCGAGCGGUGCCGAGCGUUUGUAUGUGUGUUCUCUCCUAUCGUUGACAAAUAGACAAGUUAUUAUUAA